AUGCCCGAACGCCCUCGAUUCCACGAGAGAGUACUCGCAUUCACUCGUGCUGGCACAAAAAAGACUACCCCUUGUUAUAGGGCCUGCUCUUCUCUCCCACGACCAUCCUCAGAGCGACUGCAGAGAUCGACUCGACCAGAUUCGCUAGAACUUGCCCAGGAUCUUCCACGAAAGGUCACCUCCUCCGACACUCACCACCAUGACGGAGACAGAGACGGAGACAGACCAACUGAGAAGAAGCAACCUCCCGAAAAAGAGGAGCAGACGGUGCUCUACCUGGCAUACGGCUCGAACCUGUCGGUAGAGACGUUCCGCGGACGCCGCGGCAUCAGACCGCUUUCGCAGGUCAACGUCUACGUGCCGGAAUUGAGACUGACCUUUGAUCUUCCUGGCGUGCCGUAUAUAGAGCCGUGCUUUGCGGGGACGCAGUUCCGUACCAAUACUGCUAACAAAGACGAAGAGGGCGCGGAAAAAGAAGAAGCUGUUGCUGAAUAUGUUGAUCCUACUAGUUCUAUCGAUAUCGAGAAAGCCCCUCUCCUCCAGGACCAGAGACAUGGACAGGCCCACACACAGGACUAUCACAAGAACCGAUGGCACAAACCGCUUAUCGGGGUCGUCUACGAGGUGACCCUGGCCGACUACGCGCGCAUCAUCGCGACCGAAGGCGCAGGCCACGGAUACCGCGAUGUCGUCGUCACCUGCUACCCGUUUCCCGACUCGUAUCGCCCGGAAGACCCUGUGCCCGAGCAUCCUGAUAGGGACAGAAAUACAACGCUGCCUCCGUUCAAGGCGCAUACGCUUCUCUCCCCAUUCGCGUGGAAUGAUGAGACGAAUCGAUAUUCCCUCCUCCGACCCGAUCCGGCAUACGCCCAGCCCUCCGCCCGCUAUCUCAACCUGAUCAGGACCGGCGCUGCAGAGCUGGACUUCCCUACCGAGUACCGCGCCUAUCUCGCCUCCAUCCGGCCGUAUCGCAUAACCACCCUGCGGCAGCGCGUGGGGAAAGGCGUCUUUCUCACACUGUGGCUUCCUCCGCUCUUCGUACUCGUAGUUCUUUCGUCGCUUCUCGCGGAUGCUGAUGGUCGUAGUCCCGACUGGCUGGGGAAAGUACAAGAUGCCGUAAUGAAGGCUAUGUGGUCGAGUUACGAUAGGUUUUUCCGGAAAAUCUUUGGUGAUGGUGAGAGGACGAUUGGAGAUACAUCAAUACAUGGGUUUACUAUUCAACAGUAG